GAAUAGUGAAUUUACCAGCCAACUUCACUUUAUCUAAUUCUUAUUAUAAAUACCUUCUUCUUCGGGUUUCUCCUCCCCCCACUUAAUAGUACGGUUAUCUAAGCCUUCCUUCGUAAACGCUAAGAAAACUGACAACAUAUUAUUAUUAUUAUUAUUAUCAUUAUCAUUAGCAGCCCCUAGUAUGCGUUAGGCUUAUUGACCUUUCUUUAGCAGCUCUCUGCCUAAUCUUCACAGUACGAACCCCCUCCCCUCCCCAACCCUUUUUCUUUUUUUAACCUUUUCCUCCAAAGCAAACACUACAAAGAUUCUCGACUUUUCUAAUAAGCCACUUCCAACUUUUCUACCUCAAAACCAUCCCCCGGCAAUGAACACGCCAUCGCCGGAGACGACGACGACGACAGCGAUGAACUCUCUCCCCACGCCAGCUACCCAUUCAAGCUUGCUGGAAACCCAAAGAGCACUCCUUGCUAAAUGGCAACAAGCCCAUAACUUUUUAGAUGGUAAUGGGUUUGGCAUGUACCCCCUACUACCAAUUCAAUCUCAAUCCCAAUCCCAACGGUUUCAGACUUCCAGCUAUACUAACUACGUUGUUGAGCCACAACCCGUCAAGGAUGAUCCGGGAAUGGAAAGCGGGUGGCCCGAUUAUGGUUUUCUUGGGGGAGUUGAUGUCAAUUAUGGUGGCUCCCUGGCAGAAGUAGCAGCCAUGGUUGGUAAUCCGAGUUCUACUGUAGAGAGAGAAACCUUCAAGAAGAGGAAGCCUGGCAAGAACCAGACCCACCUAAAGGUAGACGAGGAAGAAGAAGAAGAAAGCAAGGACAAGAAGAUGAAGACAUGUUCUGAAGACAGAGGUUCUAGGAUCACUAGGCAAGAUAGUGACAUAGAAAACAAAAACAAUAUGAGCAAGAAGAAGAAGAAUAAGAAGAGUGAGAAAGAAUCAUCUGCUGACACUUCAAAGACCGAUUACAUUCAUGUCCGGGCACGUCGUGGUCAGGCCACUGACAGCCAUAGUCUAGCUGAAAGAGUAAGGAGAGAGAAAAUAAGUGAGAGAAUGAGAUAUCUGCAGGACUUAGUACCUGGUUGCAACAAGAUCACAGGAAAGGCGGGAAUGCUCGACGAGAUUAUCAACUAUGUGCAAUCUCUUCAAAGACAAAUUGAGUUCCUGUCAAUGAAAUUAGCUGCUGUAAAUCCAACACUUGAUGCCAACUUUGAUAACUUCUUGUCAAAGGAGGUUUUCCAAAUGAGCAAUUCUAACUUUCCAACAAUUGGCAUGAUACCGGAAAUAGCUAAUAAUCCUCCUCCAGGCUACGUUCAAUUUAAUCCAUCCGAAAGAAUUCUGGAUUCCAACCUUUUCAAUGCUAUCCAGCCUGGGUCAGAUUGGGAUACAACAUAUUUACAUAAUAAUCUUCAUGGGGUGGAGUUUCAUCAAGGAAACUCGUCAUCAUCGUUUCAAUGCCAGCAAUUCAAAGGUCCAAGUGAAAUCAGCAACCUGAAGAUGGAAAUGUGAUCAUCAAAGUGAUUAUAACAAUUAUUGGGUCAAUUGAUUUUAAUGUCAUGUGUCCUGAUUCUUUUUAUCAUUCUGCGAGUAUAUAUGCAAUGUAUAGAUGUAUGUACAAUGCCAACUUAGAAAGAAGUACUAGAAUGAGGUGAUAGCAGCUAAUUCUCAUAUUUUGUGUAUUCAAUUGAGACAGUUAUAUAGUAAGUCAAAUGAAAGAUGCAUUGUAUUAGGGUUGAGAACCAAUGAAAAUAAAAGGUCAAAUUUCAAGC